AUCCCAUCACUCACUGUCCAUCACUUACCGGUUCUUGACAUUUACUUGUACAAGUCCUCAUACAAUCGCUACUCGCCAUAUACAACUACAACAACAAUCACUAAGUUUUAAUCAACAACCCUCACAAACUUCAAGAUGCGUGCCUCUACCUUCUUCGCCACCGCUGCUUUCGCCGUCGCUGCGUCUGCUCAGUCCUCCGUCUCUGCUGAGACUUCGUCCAUCGAUGCCUACCCCCAGACUUCGUUCUUGAAGCAGACCAACUCUCUGGGCGUUGUGACUGGCAUGCCCAGCCAGCCCGCCGCUGCCACCAACAUCCCCAGCCAGCCCGCUGCCGUCACUUCGCAGCCUGCUGUCGUUACCCAACAGCCUGCGCCCGCUGACAUCCCCGCCGUCGGCCCUGGUGUCCACACGCUCGUCCUCCCCGGCACUGGCUCCAUGUUCAACAGCACCCGCACCGUCGUCGUCAGCGCCGACAACAGCACCACCGUCCAGAUCAUGACCUCAACCCCCGCUGCAUCAGGAACCGGUGCUGGUGCUUCAGGCUCCGGCGCGCGCCAGUCCGGCUCCAACGCCUCUGGCACCAACGCGCCCCAGAACUCUCAGGGCGCUGCUGCCAACGUCAAGGUUGCUGCUGGUGGUGUUCUCGGCUUCGGUGCCUUUGUCGCUGCUUUCUUGUAAGCGUUGAGCAUCGUUGUACGUUGAGAAACAUGGCACAAUCACGCUUUCGUGCACUCGGGUCGCCCAUGUGCUCGGGCAGUGUUUAUGUCGGACAUUGAGUAGUUGCGUCGCAUUGGUGCAACCCGCGCCUUAUAACGGUCCUUGAAGAGAUACCUUUUGGAUUAAAAUAAUCGCAUCGCAUUGGCGUUUUUCGGUGCGCGCCGAAUCUGGCUGGUGGUUAAUUAGUGUUGAUAGCCCUUCUGGCUUUGGGAUGAUGGAGAUCUUAUUCGAUAUAUAGCUUGAAUGAAAAUGAGCAAUUGAAUUACAACAACCU